AUGGAAGCAAAGGAAAUCGAGUUAAAAGCCAAGGCUCUUACAAAGGCCGCAACACAAAACGAGCCCGCCGCCAACAUACUAUCGCUACUCAAGGAGUUACAAUCAGGAGUCAAGGCUUCGGAAGACCUUUUACGUUCCACCCGUGUCGGUAUCAUAGUCAACAAAUUCAAGCAGCACAAGUCGCCUGAUGUCGCGCGCUUAUCGAGCGAGAUUGUCUCCAAAUGGCGGAAUGAGGUCAACAAGCAAAAGGCGAGCGGAUCAGCGGCAGGCAGUCAACGAUCAAGUGCAUCGCCACGCCCACCGCAGAACGGAACUGCAUCGCCGGCCAGUGCAACUCCAUCUGAUAAGCUCUCAAAGCUCACGGUGGCCCCGGACAAGCGAACAUGGAAGGCGGAUGGGGUUGACACCAACCAGACUGGGAAUCGGGCGCGCGACAAUUGUAUCGGGCUCAUGUAUGACGGACUAUGCUUCAAGUCGACGGAAUCGCCGAGAGCAGUGCUAUCCAAGGCCGCCGCUGUUGAGGCGGCCGCCUUCAAUGCCUUUGGGCCCGAGACAAAGGAGCCGUACCGCACCAAGAUUCGCAGUCUCUUCCAAAAUCUCAAAAACAAGUCCAACCCAACACUCCGAGUGCGCGUGCUAAGCAACGAAGUGACGCCCGAGUACUUUGUGAAGAUGUCACAUGACGAGCUCCGGUCCGCAGAGCAACGCGAAAAGGAUGCCAAAAUCCAAAAGGAAAAUAUGGACAAGGCGAUGGUGGCUCAGGCAGAGCGCAGCAUCAGUACAAGCUUGCAGUGCGGCAAAUGCGGGCAGCGCAAGGUCACCUAUACCGAGGCACAGACACGAAGUGCUGAUGAACCGAUGACAUUGUUCUGCACAUGUAUGAACUGCGGGAAAUCAUGGCGGCAGUAG